CUCCGCCCUGUGGUGCCGGCGGCGCUUGUUGUUCAGCGGCGGCGGCCGAGCUCGGGUGCAUCCUCGGGCCCGCCGCCGCCGCCGGAGCGCUUGGCCAUGGAGCUGGAGGUGCCGGACGAGGCGGAGAGCGCCGAAGCGGGGGCCGUGACGGCGGAGGCGGCCUGGUCUUCCGAGAGCGGGGCGGAGGCAGGUAUGACCCAGAAGAAAGCAGUCCUUGCAGAGGCCCCUUUGGUGACAGGGCAGCCUGGCCCUGGCCAUGGGAAGAAGCUGGGCCAUCGAGGCGUGGAUGCAUCUGGAGAGACCACAUAUAAGAAGACCACCUCGUCCACAUUGAAGGGCGCCAUCCAGCUGGGGAUCGGGUACACAGUGGGCAACCUCAGCUCUAAGCCGGAGCGGGACGUGCUCAUGCAGGACUUCUAUGUGGUAGAGAGUAUCUUCUUCCCCAGUGAAGGGAGCAACCUCACCCCUGCCCACCACUUCCAGGAUUUCCGCUUCAAGACCUACGCACCUGUUGCCUUCCGUUACUUCCGGGAGCUCUUCGGCAUCCGGCCAGACGAUUACUUGUACUCGCUGUGCAAUGAGCCGCUCAUCGAGCUGUCCAACCCUGGUGCCAGCGGCUCUGUCUUCUACGUCACCAGCGACGACGAGUUUAUCAUCAAGACCGUCAUGCACAAGGAGGCCGAAUUCCUGCAGAAGCUGCUACCCGGCUACUACAUGAACCUCAACCAGAACCCACGCACGCUGCUGCCCAAGUUCUACGGGCUGUACUGUGUGCAGUCUGGCGGUAAGAACAUCCGCGUGGUGGUCAUGAACAACGUGCUGCCCCGGGUCGUCAAGAUGCAUCUCAAGUUCGACCUCAAGGGCUCCACGUACAAGCGCAGGGCGAGCAAGAAGGAGAAGGAAAAGAGCCUGCCCACCUACAAGGACCUGGAUUUCAUGCAGGACAUGCCCGAGGGGCUGCUGCUGGACGCCGACACCUUCGGCGCCCUGGUCAAGACACUGCAGCGCGACUGCCUGGUUCUAGAAAGCUUCAAGAUCAUGGACUACAGCCUCCUGCUGGGCGUGCACAACAUCGACCAACAGGAGCGAGAGCGCCAGGCCGAAGGUGCCCGCAGCACGGCGGAUGAGAAGCGACCCGUGGCUCAGAAGGCCCUGUACUCCACAGCCAUGGAGUCCAUCCAGGGUGGUGCUGCCCGCGGGGAAGCCAUCGAGACGGAUGACACGAUGGGUGGGAUCCCGGCUGUAAAUGGGCGCGGGGAGCGGCUGUUGCUGCACAUCGGAAUCAUUGACAUUCUGCAGUCCUACAGGUUCAUCAAGAAGCUAGAACAUACCUGGAAGGCCCUCGUCCACGAUGGGGACACUGUCUCAGUCCACCGGCCCAGCUUCUAUGCGGAGCGCUUCUUCAAGUUCAUGAGUAGCACGGUCUUCCGGAAGAGCUCCUCCCUGAAGUCCUCUCCGUCCAAGAAAGGGCGUGGCGCCCUGUUGGCUGUCAAACCCCUGGGGCCCACAGCCGCUUUCUCAGCGAGCCAGAUCCCCAGUGAGAGAGAAGACGCACAGUAUGACCUUCGAGGGGCCCGCAGCUACCCCACGCUGGAAGAUGAAGGCCGGCCCGACCUCCUGCCCUGCACCCCGCCGUCCUUUGAAGAAGCCACCACAGCCUCCAUUGCCACCACCCUGUCCUCCACCUCCCUCUCCAUCCCAGAGCGCUCCCCUUCCGAGACGUCAGAGCAGCCCCGGUACAGGCGGCGCACGCAGUCUUCAGGCCAGGAUGGCCGGUCCCGGGAGGAGCCCCACGCGGAGGACCUGCAGAAGAUCACAGUACAGGUGGAGCCAGUGUGUGACGUGGGGAUCGUGGUCCCCAAGGAGCAGGGUGCAGGAGUGGAGGUCCCCCUGUCGGGGGCGUCGGCUGCAGCCACUGUGGAAGUAGACUCUGCCAGCCAGGCCUCAGAGCCGGCCAGCCAGGCCUCGGAUGAGGAGGACGCCCCUUCCACAGACAUCUAUUUUUUCGCACACGGGAGAUACUGGCUUUUCUCUCCCCGUCGUCACCAACUGCGGGCCGCGACACCGAGCCUCACAGGCACUCCCACCGACGAGAGGAGCUGGGUGUACUCCCCGCUUCACUAUAGCACGCGGCCCGCCUCCGACGGCGAGAGCGACACCUAACUUCUAUGCAGUCCCCAAUCUGGAGCCCAGUGUCCUGCCACCCCAGUAACCUCCUGGAGGCGAUGCCCCUCACUGGGGCCCAGAGCUCAGUAACAUCACCCCAAAGGCCCUGGCCCGACCUCAUCCUCUCCCUCCCCAUCGACGGAUGCCACCGGCCAGGCCUGUCCCCAGGAUCGCUUGGGCCACCAUCUGCCGCUACCCAUGCCUGUUGGGCCGGCAGCAUUCGGAGUGCCCGAUCCUGUAUUUAUUUUGGGUCCUUUUUUGCACGGAGAGGGAGCACAGGAGUGAUUUUUUAGGACAAAGACAAAGACACAGAAAACCCAGGAUGAGGCUGCCGCCACUGGCCCUGACGGAUCAGGGUCUACAUGUCCUCCUACUUUGGGGACCUGCCCAGCAGCCCACUCUCUGCAGGCCUCUCUCAUGGCGGCCUGCAGAGGGGACAUGCCCUGGAGCCUCCACGUGCCAUCCAGAUCUGUGCUCCUGAGUUGGAUGAGGCCCCUGUCGCUGCCUCAGCAGAGCCCCUCCGUCACCUCAGGUUUGGGACCCAAGCAGACUGCCAGGAAUAGCCGUGCCCUGUGUACUUUCUGCAUCUUCUUACCACCACCAGAAGGAUGUCCCCAAGCACGUGUGUCCUGCGGUUACAAUCACACCUGGCGCAGACGGAGCAGCCAUCCAGUCUGCCUCCCAUGCCUGGGAAGCCCUGAGUUGGAGCCGUGGUUUCUCGCCACGUCCAGGGAACUCCCCUUCAGAGCAGACCCUGCUGGAGAAGAGUGAGGCCAGGCUCCAGGCUGCAGAGUGACAGCUGGGCCCUCAAACACCCUAGCUGAAGAUGAACCGCCAGAGCCAACCGCACUGGGACUCUGGGGAGAGGGAGCUGUCCCUUCCGCUGGGCAGACUCCUCCCCACCCGUGUGGGACUCCUGGGAAGGAGUGUGUUGGGUACAGUCCCAUCGUGUCCCUGUCUACCCUCGGUGUUCUCGACAAGUGCAGCCUGAAAGCCAGGCUGCACUCCCGGUACACAGCCUUCGGGUCAGCCCCAUGGGCCCCUGGGUUGCAUCUUCAGGGACUUACAGGGGCCACAGCAGGCUGCAGAGGCAGUGAGGGCCAUGAUGAAGCCCUUCCUGCAGGCUCCCGUUAACAUCAUGGGACCAGGGGCAUGACUGGGAGCAGACCCUAGCUGGUGUGUUGACAGAUGCCUGCCCCAGACCUCACCACAGGCCCUGUUUGUGUUAAGUCUCAGAGCCCCCUGCAGAGGUCUGCCUUGUCUGUUUGGGGGCUGGCAAGUGACCCCGUGUGCUGAGCUGCUGACCGAGUUGAUUCAGGGGCUGCAGAGUCAGUGUUCAGUCUUGCAUAGACCCCUCCAGGAAGGCACUGUGUCGUGUGUCAUCCCAACACUUUAAAGCAGGAGGACUCGGGCAAGUUCCAGGUUAGGCUGAGCUACAGAGUGAAUCUCUGUAAAGGAAAAAAUCGCAGAGCUAGCGCUACUGUUGGGUGGGUAAAGCUCACCCAGCAGCCUGAGCGCCGGCUUCCAUCCUAGCACUCACAAGCCAGAUGGGGUGAAACAUCUGUCAUUCCAGCGGUUGGAAGGUGGAGACAGGAGGAGGUCAAGGUCAUACUUGUCUAGAUAUCCAGUCGGAAGCCAGCCUGGGCUACAAGAGACCCUCUCAAAAAAGAAUCUGUAAAUAUUUGUGAUUCCCCAUCCUGUACCCCCACCCUGUUCUCUCCAACGGCCGCUAUCGCCCCACCGUGGACGGUGUGAACUGUACUGUAAGGGUCAGAGGCACCUCCAAGCCUGAGGUGUCCCCGGUCCGCUCUGUCCUGCCCUGGCCAUCCCAGCGAGUCCCCUGUUCAGCCCCACAGCAACCUCAGUGCAAUAUGCCCUCCCCGUGGGGUCCCUUGGCAUGGUACUGUCUCCGCAGUCCUCCGUCCCCACCUCCUCUCCGGUGGUUAAAAUCGCAUCGCACACCUUCACCCCAGUUCUGUUUUUAUUGCUGAAUCCAUUCGGAAAAGUUCAAAACCUCGUGUGUCUUACUCAUCAGGGCGAGGGAGUCCCGGGUCCUCAGCCCCUGCGGUCUGGUGUGUGACAAUCCAAGCAUGGUGUCCCUCUGCACCAGCCAGCCAGGGGGCCCUGUCCCUGCAGUGCUCUGUACGCAGCCCAGGUUCCCACAACAGCCCUUAUUUUUCAGUUAAAAUCUCUAAUAAAUCGGGUAUUAAACA